AUGCAGGUCAGCUUCGUGUUGUCCACAUUGUGCAGCAUCUGCCCAACCUGGCAUAUCCUGGGGCUCGUCAAAUUCAUCUCUGUAUGUUUUUCAUGUGCAGCCAAUUCCGCUUCUUAUACAUUAGUGGGCGAAUCCUGUAAUCUAAAAAUGAGGAGCAAGUACAUGCUUCUGAUGACCUGUCUACUGCUGCUAUCACCUGCUGCUGCUGGAGUGGUAACAUACCCAAUAUUGAAGUUAAAAUUUGAAUCUGAGAUGUGGUUUGGAGUAACGUUCACCCCAUGGCGGCUGCUCAUCAUUGCCCUGGCUUUCCCAUCUGGCAUCGGAGCCGUGGCCAUCUGUUUCUUCCACGAGUCCCCAAUAUUCCUGGCUAACAGUGGGAAGAAAGAGGAAGCUUUGGAAGUUCUGAAGUCUAUAUAUACAAUAAACCAUAGAGGAUCUAAAGAAGAAUAUGAGGUAUGUGUGGCAUUUUUUCUUACCUGUUUAUAGUAUAAAUUCAAUAUAUCUGUUAGGCUUUUACUUCCUAAGAAGCCACGCCAUAGAUUUAUCUGCUGAUAUUGUAGUUUUCACUGCAGAUAUGAAACUUCCCGAACAAAUUUCAUCAGCAUCACCAUCACCAGCUUAUUAAUAUCUUAUUAGAAUAAAAAUUGCAUUACUCAUGUUGAAUUACACUAG